UGGGAUUUCUUUCAUUUUUUAAAAACAAUUAUGAUUGUUGCAUACAUUAAGGCACCAUAUUCAUAUCAGUAGGGUCCAUAUAUAUUGAUGCACAUAGUCAAAUUUAAUACACACACACACCAUUAACUCUCCUAUAUCCCACACACUCUCUGUACCUUUCAUUAUUUAACUACAGCAACAUAACCACACUUGCUAUAAAUUGAAACUAUCUCAAGUCUCAACUCAUUCAGAAUUCAUAUCUCUUCUUCAUCUUACACACUUGUUUCUUUAUUUCUUUUAAUAUUACAGACCUAAUUUUUCACUCCCAUAACCACGUCUUCUUCUUUGGAUGGCCAUGGCAAUUACUAAGAUGAUUGUACUGGUUUUAGUAGUCUUUUCGGCAUGGCCAUCAUUGAUGGAGGCUCAUACAAGUGAUGAAAGAGUUGAUGUACAGAAACUGAGAAAACUAGCAGCUGAAAAUAAUGUAACAUGUAUUCUGGUCUUUGGUGAUUCUAGUGUUGAUCCUGGUAACAAUAAUCGUCUUUCUACGACGUUUAAGGGUAAUUUUGCACCUUAUGGGAAGAGUUUCUAUGGUGGUCGUCCCACUGGAAGGUUUUGCAAUGGAAGAUUAACGACGGAUUUCAUCGCGGAGGCGUUGGGUUUCACGAAAAUAAUUCCAGGAUAUCUAGAGCCAAAUGUGACCAACAAUCAAAUCUUACAUGGUGUUAGUUUUGCUUCUGCAGCUUCUGGCUACGAUGAUCUCACUGCCAACCUCACGAAUGUGUUGCCAGUUUCUAAGCAGAUAGAGUAUUUACUGCACUACAAGAUCAGGCUAACGAAAUUGGUAGGACAAAAGAAAGCAUCUGAAAUCAUUGGGAAUGCAAUCUUUGUCUUGAGUAUGGGCACAAACGAUUUCAUUCAGAAUUACUUCAUCGAACCUACCAGAGCUAAAGAAUUUACCCUGGAUAAAUAUGAGGAUUUCUUGGUAUCAUGUAUGAUCAAAGACAUCAAGGAAAUGCAUAGAAUUGGAGCCACCAGAUUGGUUGUAGUUGGGGUUCCACCUUUAGGAUGUAUGCCGCUUGUCAAGAUACUAAUGGGUGGAUCAUCAGGAGCAUGUGUCGAAAGUUUUAACAAUGCUUCAUUCACUUUUAACACCAAGGUUAGAGCUGCAAUUGCCAACAUCAAAACGCUUAAAAGUGCUUAUGUUGAUGCCUAUGCUAUCAUUCAAAGCGCAAUCAACAACCCCAAAAAAUAUGGUUUUACAGUGACAUCCAAGGGAUGUUGUGGAACAGGGGAAAUAGAGUUUGGAGACACAUGUAAGGGAUUGACCACAUGCAAAGACCCGGCCAAGUAUAUAUUUUGGGAUGCAGUUCAUCCUACUGAAAAGAUGUACAGCAUCAUUGCAGAUGAUGCUCUCAGAUCUGUUAGUUCCAAGAUUUUGAACUAAAUUUUUUUUUUUCUUUUUUGAAGCAUGAACUAAAAUUCUUGAUUGUAUUAAUUGUUGUGUAUGACUCGAUAAUUUCUUUUAUAUUACAAAAUUAUCUUGAUUAAUAAAAUGUGUUUGU